GCUGACGACGGAGAGUCAGAACAUGAGACAGGAACUUCAGAACAGAGACGUGACGAUCGCAGAGAUGCGAGGUCAGCUUCAAGCUCAGCAACAGGCUCAGCAGCAGCGGGUAGCCCCGCGCGGCGAGAUGAUGGAUCCGAAGAUUCUUCACAAGGUGAAGCCGUUCGACGGCCACAGGGCGAGUUGGAAGACGUUCAGUUUCCAGUACAGAGCGUACCUGAUCGCCCAGGAUCGAAGGUACCGAGAUCUUCUGGAAAGGUGCGAGGACGGAGCCCAGGAGGUGGACAACGUCAACCUGGACGCGCAGGAGGAAGAGCUAAGCACGCAGUUGUACUACGGCCUGGUCCUGGCGAUGCCCGAGGACUCAGUAGGCGAGCUGAUCGUGAGGAACAGCCCAGUAGGAGAAGGAGCCGAGUGUUGGAGGAAACUUCAGAAGGAGUACAACCCGAGCGAGGCAGGAAACGUGCUGGCGAUGUGGACCAAGCUCACGGACACGAAGUUCGACGCCAAAGAAGACGUGAUGGUGAGCAUCAGCAAGCUGGACGAGGACAUGACAAGGUACCAGAAGAUGGCAGGAGAACCAGUCUCGGACCUGAUCAAGCGAGGCAUCCUUACAAAGGCGCUGAAGGAUCACGACGAGCUGCAGAAGCACGUGUUUCGGAACAGCAGUCGGCUAAGUACGUACGAGCUCCUGAGAGCCGAGGUGGUGUCGGCGUUGAUGGCAGAGCGAGCGGUUCAGGACGACCCGAUGGAGAUAGGCGCGCUGAAGGGCGGAAAGAGACCGUGGAAAGGCCGCGGCAAAGGGAAAGACGGCAAGGGCAAGGAGAGGCCACCGAAUCCCGACGCCGAGAUCAAGUGCCACUACUGUCACAAGAAGGGCCACCGCAGCGCAAACUGCCGAAAGCGGAUCGCCGACGAGAAGAAUACAUCCGAGAAGGACAAGAAGGACAAGAAGCAGCUCCGUCUCAAGAAGCGCAGCCACACGAUCGACUGGAAGUACUGCUUGCCUAGCUACCACCAAUAUGUCUGCUGCUCUUGCAAGAAGACCUUUGAAGGAUGGCGAUGGCACUUCGAUCAGUGGAAGCUGGACUACUGUGCCGCGUGUGCCGAGUACUGCCUGGACAACUGGUUCAAGGACGAGGAAGAGCCAGACGACAACGAGAAGCAUGUCACCGUCGCUGGUCUUCGGCCCGUGGAUGAAGAUCAGAGCCCUGCAGAUGACCGAUUGCGGUUAGCCCCGCUUCGGAAUGCGAUCAUGCUCGACUCAGGUGCGCAGAUCAGUGCGAUACCGAGAUCACAGGUGACCAAGCAUAACUACACGCCGACGGACAGCAACGUUGUCGGCUUGAAGGGCAUAGGAGGCGAGGAGAUCGAGAGGUACGGCCACGUGGUCACUGGAUCAUCAACGGUACCGUCGAGCCACCUGACGGAGCUGAGUUCGUACCUCUACGGCGUCACCAAGGAACCAGCUGAUGAGAACAAGAUCCCGAAGGUCAUGUUCGACAUCUUUUACGUAGGGACGGACCAGCUGGCUGCGAAGUACAAGCUUAAAGGAGGUUACUUCAGCAUCAGGGAGAAGAUGUCGGUCACGAAGGCCGAGCUAGACCAAGCGGUCUCUGUCUUGAAUGUUAUCGACUGUAAGAUCUUGGCUCAGGCGACGUUGUACGCGAACAAGGAGACGGAUGACUACAAGGUGUCCUUCCUGCUAGGCGUGCUGGAAGCUUGGGGCCACACAACAGUCAUACUUCAGACAGACCAGGAGCCUGCCACCAUGGCUCUGGCGCAGGCAGUUCGAGAUCGCAGAUCACACUCAACCUUGGUGCGGGGAUCACCGCCCUUUUCCAAGCAAAGUGCAGGCUACGCUGAAGGAGCUAACAAGCUAGCAGCUGGUCUACUUCGAGCCUACAAGCUGAAGCUGGAGCACAAGCUGGGCUGUGAGAUCAAGAUGACGGAUCCGAUCGUGCCAUGGCUUGUGAACUCAGUGGGGUGGAUGAUUACCAGAUUCCAGCCUCGCAGUCACGGAGGUUCCUCCUACAAGAUGCUCUACGGCAAAGAGUACAACGGCGAGAUUGCGGAGAUGGGUGAGCAGGUCUGGUAUCGGAUCUCAGCCAGAGUUGCCGCGGGACGUGGCAAAUGGGAAGCCCGCUUCGCAAAAGGAAUCUGGGUUGGUAAGAGUGAGCUGGACGAUACACAUCUCGUGAUCGAUCCUGAACGUGGAGUGCAGAAGGUCAGAACGGUGCGAAGGAUGCCUGAGGAGUUCAGAUGGCAGCCCGAGCUCAUCCAGCACAUCAGGGUGACGCCCUGGAAGCAGACGCCCGACAAGAGUUCAGGAACGAUCGGACGCAGCAUGUACAUCACGGAGCGCAUGAUCGAUGCUCAUGGUCCUACUGACGAGUGCAGGAAGUGCAGUACAGGAUACGGUUCGCAUUCGGCAGCCUGCCGACAGCGUUUCGAGACCAUUCAGGCCGACUUGCUGCGCGAGAAGUUGGCAAAGGACCCUGUGGCCCCUGAGGUGCAGACAGCCAUGGACACGGAGAGUGGCGAGCUCAGAUGUUUGAUGAGCCACAUCGGCACAAUCAGAAGCCACUUCGGAGAUCCUGAGGAUCAGCAGGUGGAGCAGAUGGUUGAGGUGAGCGCCGAGCUGCAUGAGAAAGACCAGUGGAGCCCAAAGACGAUACACUACGAUUACUAUACUGGAGAGCCUCUGGAUGAGGACCUGUAUCAGAAGGGUCGCGACGACGAGCUGCAGGCCAUGAAAGACUACGGGGUCUACGUGGAAGUGGCGACAUCGACGGCGACUGACGGCAAGCACAUUGGAGGUUUCCCGAUAGCCCACAUGAAAGAAGGAAAGGUCAGGUGGAGGUUCGUAGCAACCGAGGUGAACAAGUACGAGGUCAGGGAGGACAACCACCAAGGCACGCCCCCGCUCAUGAUUGUCAGAGCGACGCUGAGCCGUGCCGCUUCAAGUCCAACUUCCAGCGGGCAGCACCUGCGGAAGAUACAAGUCUGGGACGUCAGGAAGGCUUUCUUCAACGCUGACUUAGACGAGACGAUCUACGUGCAUCCUGGGAGAGAGCUGUGUCCGCCUGGAAGGUGCUGGUGGUUACGCAAGGCCAUGAACGGUACCAGGAAGGCGUCGCAGAUGUGGGGUGAGCUUGUGAGAACUACUAUGGACGACGGCCAUUGGGAAUGCUUGGUUGGAACUCCUAACGUGUUCUACUUACCUGCUAGCCCCAACACAGCCCCCUUCGACGAGGAUAGCACAGCGAUCUGCCAUGGCGAUGACUUUCUUGCUGAAGGCUACGACGAGCAGCUGGACGAGCUGGACGAGUUGUUGAAGCAGCAGUUUGAGGUCACGGCCAGCGCCAGACUUGGACCAGGAGCGGUGGGGCAGACUACAUACCUCAAGAGGACGAUCGGCUACACCGACAAGUUGCCAGGUUGCGAGGAGCCAGGUUUCUUCUGGACUGCCGAUCCCAAGCAUGUGGACUUCAUGAUCAAGUGGACGCAGAAGCGAGGACUUCAGUGUAAGACUUACCUGAUCGAGACCCAGAGGCCCUGCAACCUGAAGAUCUAUAGUGACAGCACAGCUGGACGUGGCAUGUGCAGCCGAGUUGGGGUGGGCAAGGUCAGGCAUCUGGAGCUGAGGUACUUGUGGAUUCAGGAGCGGUUGCGUCUCAAGGCGUUCGAGCUUCACAAGGAGGACACCAGUAAGAUGACAGCCGACAUGCUCACGAAGUACAGCGAGUGGCCGACAAUCGAGAAGCAUUGCACCACUCUCAACCUCAGGUUCGGAAAGCAGAUGACGGGCUUGAGCGCAAUGGCAGUUUUCACGGAGGUCGUGACGAAGGCGUCAGGCGAGAAGGUGACAGUGUACGGAGGAUCUGACGAGGUUGCGGUUUGCCCCGCGCCUGUCAGCCACUAUGUGGAGAGCGAGGAGUUCAGGUUCUACUUGAUGUUGGGACUUGUUAUGGUGACUGCAGCGAGUACUUUCUUAUUGGGGUGCUGGUGUGGUUGCUACUUCAAGAACUUCUACGACAAGUUCUUCCUCCAGGGUGCGGUUAGCCCCGCCUCUGGAAGCACUUGCCCACCAUCUGCGCGGGCUGACGUCGAGUUCAAGACCGUGUGUGCACAGCAGGACAAAGGUGCAAGGCACAAGCUCUUAAACACGUUUCUUGUGGCUGAGCUGCGAGCUGUCUUGAAGGCCAAGAGCCUGGCCGUGUCAGGGAUCAAAGAAGACCUGGUCACGAGGAUGAUCAAGCACGGAGGUGUUCUGUCGGAUCGCCAGGCCAAGGAGAUCGAGCAGCUGCGGGUGAUGGCUACAGCGCAUGGACCUCUUGCCAAGCUUAGCUUGCAGGACAUCAGCAGUCCAGAGGCUGCGCAGAAGUGGAUCGAGACGUUCAAGGGCGAGUGCCGAGACCGUUCCAGAGGCUCUCAGGUGAUCCACGGAGAGGGCUAG